CCCAGCUGCGAGGCGCAGGCUCGUCCGCGCCCUCUCAUCCAUCUGUUGCGAACGCUGCCAUGUUUACUAUUGUAGGGCGAAAGUGACGUAUCGACACAACGAAUAACCUCAACCGCACCAAUGCACGGUGCAAUCGCGAAAUAAAUGGUGAUAACAAUCAACGUAGAGCCGACAACGAAAUUUGUUUACGCGUGAAACACCCCGGAAUGUCGUUUGGGAAUAUAUUUUAAUGUGUUUUUCUAGUCCAAGCUAGUCCUCGAUUAGUGAAACGUUAAAUAUAAUUACAUUUUUAAAGAUAACCAAAAUUAAGUUUUUUGUGAAGUGUGUCGUAUUUUGUGACAAAACUAUUAAAAGACACUGUUGGAAAGUGGGACGCAAAAUUAUUAAGUUGUACAUAAUACAUAACCUAUGUGAAUUAAGAGCCUACAAUAGAACCCAAAACAAAACACCAAAUUAUAAGUAUAAAAUAAAUUUAUAUUUUUUAGGUAAUCGUGUAAAAUAUUGAUUAAGGAUAAGGACUUACGAGUAAUAUUGACUGUGAAUGAAAUCAGUAUCAAUGAACUUUGUAAUAAUAUUUGUUUACAAGAUUGAUUGAGAAUAAUGAACCAUCCCCACUGUAUGACAACAACCACUACCACGAGGAAUGUCUCCGCUGCAACUCCUGUGGGCUGAACCUCACCGGACCCAACCAGAAGCGUGCCCGGCGCUUCAAGAACCAGAUCCUGUGCGACCUGCAUUUCGCGGACGUCGCGCUCAUGGAGUGCAGCGACUUCAUGCAGCAGCUCCGCAGUUUCAAGCCGCAGUCGCUGGGCUGCGCGGUCGCCAGGCGCAAGUCCUCCACCACGCUCAUAUUCCCUCUACCACCGCAAGCUUGUUCAGAUGAAUUCUGCGAGGAGUACCCCCACAGCUUGAUCCCGACGCCCGGCUACUGGGUGGAGUGCUCCCGGCAGAAGAUUGCUACCGACACCAUCUGGGACGAGUCCGAGUCGGAGCACGACAGCGGACCCGAUCGGGAAGACAAUGAUCGGCAUCGAAGGUCGGGCUCGCUGGACGAGGCGGCAGAGGACAGCAGCGACAACGGAGGCAGCACGCCGAAGAAGAAAACAGCCAUAGAAGAGCAAUGGGAGCGAUCAGGAGGGUUCGAGCUCACGUCGGUGGAACAGGAGACUUAUGAGAAAUACUUCUACGGCACAGAGCACUGGAACUACUUCACGAACGACGAGGACCUUGGCCCCGUCAUACUGUCCAUCAAACAGGAGACCUUGAAUGCAAGAGACCAGUUUCGGAUCUUAGUGCGUGCGAUAAGCUACACGGUGCACGGUCUUAUCCCGGCGUCAUGCGUAUUCGCCGACCGUUACAACAGGGAGGAGGUGGUGCGCUCCCUGGGCAAGGAGGUGAACAUCAACCCGCCGCUGAUGCUGGGCCAGCUGCCCGACACGCCGGAGGAACUGCUAAAACUGGACCAGGUAUUCAUAAAGUCAGAAUUGAAAGUCGGUGUGAUAUACGUCAAAGAAAAUCAAUACACAGAAGAAGAAAUUUUGGACAAUAACGAAAAUUCACCGAUGUUCGAAGAAUUUUUGCAAGUUAUGGGCGAAAAAGUUCGACUAAAAGGCUUCGACAAAUACAAAGGUGGUUUGGACACAGUGCACGACCUCACUGGCUUAUACUCUGUUUACACCAACUGGAGGGGCAUUGAAAUCAUGUUCCACGUCUCCACUCUGCUGCCUUAUGAAAGGCACGACCCUCAAAAGCUACAAAGAAAACGGCACAUUGGCAAUGACAUCGUGUGCGUUGUCUUCCUCGAGGCGGAUAACACCGCCUUUUCGCCUGCCUGCAUCAAGAGCCACUUCUUACAUACCUUCAUUUUAGUCCGAGUGUCAGCGAAGAUAAAGCGUCGGCCUACGAGAUAUGAAGUGUCAGUGGUGACACGCGACGAAGUAGGAGCCUACAAGCCUUACCUCUGGGAGCAAAGCGUCUUCGAUAAAGGCCCCAUGUUCAGAGAAUGGCUGCUGACGAAAAUAGUGAAUGGAGAAAGAGCAUCCUACUCUGCACCGAAAUUCGCAAGAAUGCAAGAGAGAACUCGCAGCCAAAUGCUGGAAGACAUCGUUGCCAACCUACAAAACCACGCCGAGACCGGACAGAUACCGAAACCAUAUCGAAGAGGUUCAUGGCGGCCUAUAGGCCACAUGCGACCGUCGUCUCCUCUCUUGGACUCAGUCAGAGACCAAUUUGAAGACUAUGACCAGUUAGCCAAGGACUUCACUCGAGUAUUCCUCAAUAGCGAACUGAACGCAUCACAGAACGCGCAGCUUUUCGACGUCGUGUUCCUGGUCGGGCAGUCCAAACAGAAGACCAAAUUCAUUGGAGUACGAGCAAUACUAGGAGUAAGGAGCAGGGUGUUCCAAGAGAUGCUAUACGGCAUCCAGACGGGGUUCGGGUCCCCGCAAGUGCCGGUGGCUGAACUACUGGCGAGGCCGGCACCUACACUUCUAUCGCCGACGCCCGCGAGACAGAAGAGUAGCAACUUCUUGCAAGUGCCUGAUAUUGAGUCGCCUAGACCCAAGAGCGUGCCGAGCUCCCCGAUGGUAAAGCGCGCGUUCUCCCGCCUGGGCACCAUUACCGCCGGCUGGGGCCGCUCCAUCCGCAAGCAGCACUCGCAGCUCAAUGCCGACGACAAGAAGAAGUGGGCCAGCUCGCAGGACUGUUCCAAUAAAGAGGGAAAAGAUAAAGACAAAGACAAGAACGCUGCUCUGGCGGUACCAAGACUGUCGGUGUGCGCAGACGCGCAAAAAGUUGAUCGUGCCAAACUUGCACAGACUGAAUUCUCAAUAAUCGAAUUCGACCCCGAAACGUUCCGCAUCCUGCUGGACUACCUGCACACGGGCAGCUGCCCGCUUACGUGCGCCUCCAUCCCAGGGCUCAUCUGCGCCGCCGAGCACUACGACCUGCCUGAGCUGCUGCAGGCCUGCUUCCACCAUGCCAAGCAGUUCCUCAGGAUAGAAGUAGUAUGCACUAUGCUCAUAUCGUUAGAGAAUUAUUACUGGCGGUAUACGUCAGCAUCAGAAUUGGUGAACAUGAUCCUAGCUUUUAUCGAGCAACGCGCUUAUGCACUGUUCCAAACGCCCGAAUUCCUCAACCUGUCCGAAUCCAUGGUGCAGAUGAUAAUGUGCCGAAACCUUGAAGUGCCCGAAGUGAGGAAGUUCGAAGCGAUGCUCAGCUGGGCCCGGAACAAGAUCAAAUCUAAAUCCGCAAACAAGACUGAUGCCAAAAAUGAAUUUAAAUGCAUUAUGGAGAGGCUGGCCAGAGAUUUGAAGCUGUACAGAAUUUCACCGCAGGAAUUGAUAAAAGUCGUCCUUCCCUCGAAGGCGAUCAAGAACGAACGUAUUUUAGAAACUCUGAUGUACCAGGCCAACUCGGGAAUGUACAGAAUCCAGGACAGCUACCUAGAGGCCUGCCAGCAACGCUUGCAGAAGCAGGACUCGAGGUUCUCGGAAUUCGAAAGUUUCGACUACGGUAUAUAAACUUGGAGCUGUGCGGAAUAUCAGUGUAUUAGAUAGAUUUAUGAAGAGUGUACGGACUGGGUCCUUCUUAAAUUGUGGUAUGUUGACGCCUUCUAAAAAGUAUUAUUGUUAUAGAUGUACUUAAGUAGAGGUGCGAGAAAUAUUUGUAUACACUUCUCGGAUACCUAUUCCUUGUUGUUGUUCAUUGAUACCUAUAUUUUUUACAUCUAGCUAGAUGUGUUCAACAUAAUCGUGUCUAUUUUUGGUACCAUGUUGCGACUCAUCUUUUUGUCUGGCAACACUUAGUUUAACAACAAAUACAAAAACGUUUGCCUCUGUGAUCCGUCAGUGAGAAUUCACUUCCACUGAAGUUAUUUUAUAUUUUUGGUUGAGUUUAUGAUAUAAUCACUUGGAAACCCAUUGAGAAUAAAUGUAAAAUCCAAAGCUAGCUUACGAUGUAGUUUUAUUGGAUCCGUAAUAAACAUUCCCAGUGGUAUUUCCUUAACUCGUUACAUAGUUUCAAGUUUUCUACACUGCUUUGUAUUACUACUACAAUAAUAUGGUAAAUGGGUUGCAGAAAGUAAUUUUAUAUUAAUUUCAUAAUAUGAAAUUGACUGAUUCUUGAAAUUACUCAAGUGAAAUUAUUCUAAAAAAUACGUUUAAUUACUAAACUCCUGUAAUUAUAAAAAUAAAUGUUGAAACUAGUUAUUAUACAAGAUCUAAGUACUUAUAAAAAUAUUAUUUGAAUCUUCGUUAGUAGAGUUUUGAGAAAUCAUCAUAGACUCGGGGUCUCGUAAUGUCUGCUUCACUUUAAAUAGUGGAAAAGUUGUAAAGACGAUGACGUCACUAAAGAUCAUUGUCGUUUUAUGAAUGUUUAUGAAUAUUUUGUGUGAAAUGGACAUAGUAAAUGUAUUAUUACUUUCAAUUCUCUUUAUGAAACUGACUUCCGACAAAUCUAAGCAUUUAGUCUUAUUUUUACUGAGUAACUAUAUAUCGCACAAUUUACAAAACGUACUCGUAAAAUAUCCUACACAGGCGAGGGACUUUCGUCCGCCGACUUUUUGUCCCCCAAAAUAGAUCGCUUAUGACUGCAACUAGUAGCACAAUAGAGGGAUUAAAAGUACCGAGUACAAAAAUCCCCCGAAUAACCGUGGAAGCCGAGGUACCGAACUGGGAAAAAGUACGGUGGUGUCCCCGAAAAAUAAACAGAACUCAUGUGACUAGACGCAGCAACGCACACAGCGAACGUUAAGUGUCGCCGCACACGAGCCACACGCCACAGCCACAAACGCCGCCACGAGAAGCUAGAAGCGGCUACUAAAGUGGCUGAAGCGCGCGACAGCGGCCGACUAAGGUAAGGGAGAGAGGAGUGGGGAAUCGCGCGAGUGACGUGUGGCGGCGUUUUGUAUCGGCGCACAAAGUGGCCGGUGCGGGCCACAAGAAGCAAGUAACGACGAUUUGGAGCGUGUGGCG